GUGAGUUACAUCCUGACUUUCACCUGAAGAACAUCUCUGAGGAAAACUAAUACAUUUAUGGAAAGUACCUGCAGAACUACAAGAAAAUACUACAAGUCCAAUAGCUCUGCAGUACCUGUGGUCAGCAGACAUGGAGAGAAGCGACAACUCAGAAGAUGAGUUCUUCACAAGUGGUCUCAGCAGAACACUGCAGGCUCUGCGACAGGUCCUUCUGGGAUUCAAGGCAGCAAAAGUGGAGCUGGCAGCAGAAAAUGCAGCUUUAAAGGAGCAGAGAGCCAGCUGGGAGCUAGAAAAAAAGAUGCUGCUGGAUGAAAAGGAAUAUUUUGUGUCAAAUCUGCUUAUGGCCAGAAUGUACAUCAAGUCGGUGAAGGAAAGUCUUGAAUUCCAUAAGACGGAGACUAAAAAGGAAACAAUGGCCUGGCAGCAACAGCACCAUCAGCUCAAUGAGAUAGAGGUAAACAAAGAUUGGGAAAGCAGGCGGCCUGUUACACAGAAGGAAGUAGCUGCCGAGCUGGAAUCUCUGCAGCAGGACUCUGAGAGGAUGAGGAGCAAGAUCAUCCAGGUGAAGGAGGAGGCCAUCACCAGUGUCAGAAAGGAAAUGAUGGCACUGGAAGAGGAACAUCUGGCCAAGCAGAGAGCAAAAGAGGAAGAGAUCUGCCAGAGAGAGACAGAGUGGCAGACAAAACACAAAGUCCUUGAGGGUCAGCUUGAGUGUCAGCUGGCAACAAAGGAGAUCCUUAAAAAAUCUCACCAGAAACAGAGCAGCGAGGUGGAGGAGAAGUGGCUCAACAAGGAAGGGGAGUGGCUCAUCAAGGAGGGGGAGAUGAAGGAGGAGAUGCAGCUCCUGAACCAGCAAAAUGCUCAUCUUCAGGAGCUCGCUACAAAAACAGACAAAGAGAAGACUAAGAUGAAGAAGGAGGAAGAGAAGAGGAUAAGGAAUGAGAGAAAGGAGCGGGAAAAGAGAGAAGAGAAAGAGAGGAAAGACAGAGUGAAGAGAGAGAAGAAAGAAAAUGAGGAAAGGAAGCAAAGAGAGAAGACGGACAGGAAGGAGGGCAGAGAAACAUCCUUUAUCCUCUCAAACCUGUUUUGCCUUUCGUCUCUUCGCGUACCUUCCCCAAUGCCAGCAAGCUCAACACCAACAGAGAUGUCAUAAAUGUUGUUUUUCAGUGCAUAUAAAAUGUUGCUUUGAUAUUCUCUUGUUUUAAUUGUCACAGAAAAAGGGACAGUUUUCUUUAUAAAAGAACACAUUUUCCCAAAACUAGCAACUCUCUACUACUCAAAAACUGAGUGUAAAGAGUUGUAGUGGUCUUCACUCUGCCUUGUCAAACACUAGAGGGCAGUACAAUCCUGUGGUUGCCUCUCAUAAUAGAAGAUAUCAGUUAUGUCACAAUAGAAAAAAAGGACUAAAAGUUAUAUUUUGAAACCUUAAAAUGUUAUGAAGUUUUCUUUUUAAUUUU